UAGAUGAUUGUCAAGAAAACCAAAAGCCGUUACAAAAACUUCCUGACUGGGCAACAACUCGCUGGAACUGGUACGUCACUAAAGCACUAGAUGAAGGGAAGCCAUAUCCUGCCUUUAAGGAGUUCUCAGACUUUGUAGCCGAAGAGGCACGUGUUGCUUGCAAUCCAGUUUCUUCUCUUUUUGCAUUAAAACAAGCAGAUGAGAAAAAUGGAAAGGAACAGAAGCGCCUCAAAGCCAGCACUCUAGCAACGUCAACAAAGGUGUUUCAAGGAUCAAGCUUCACUUCAAAGGACUCAAGUGCAUCAGGAAGUUCUACAACCAACUCUCCUGCCACUCAAAACAAAAGACAAAUAGAUUGUGUGUGCUGUCAACAAAAUCACUUUAUUUAUAAAUGUGAAAAGUUUGCAGCGAUGCCUCUAGAGGAAAAGAAAAAAAUUGUCAUUAGCAACAAUAUGUGCUUCGGGUGCCUCAGAGUCGGACAUGUUGCAAAAAAUUGCAGAAAGAGGGCUACUUGCAAUAUUUGUAGACAAAGUCAUCCAUCUCCACUUCACGAAGAACGCCCUGUAGGAGAAAAGCUAGAAGCAUUACCACAAAAGGACAAUUCUUCCAUUGCCUUAUGCACCGUGAGAAUGGACAAUGGUGAUCGCACUUCCAUGAUUGUUCCAGUGUGGCUCUCUAGUGCGGCCAAGAAUAGUCCAGAGACUUUAGUGUAUGCAUUACUGGACACACAGAGUACCAGUACCUUCAUUGACCAUGAUGUCUGUGGAAAAAUUCAAGCGCACACAGAACCUGUCAAACUGAAGUUGUCAACAAUGACUGACAAGAGUUCAAUACUGAAUUGUCACAGAGUUGUUGGACUGAAGGUGAGAGGGUACAAUUUACAAGAGUACAUUGAGCUACCUCCAGCAUACACUCAAGAAUACAUCCCACUAGAGAAGAAUAGCAUUCCCACUCGUGAAACAGCAGCAGGGUGGACUCACCUUCUGAGCAUAGCCGAAGAGAUGCCAGAUCUGUUGAACUGUCCUGCAGGACUUCUGAUUGGCUAUGACUGUGCACGGGCUCUGAAACCAAAAGCAGUGAUAUCAGGGGAAGAGUAUGAACCUUAUGCAGUCAAGACAGAUUUAGGCUGGAGUAUAGUUGGAGCCAAAAUGCCUUGCACUGACAUAAGGGAUGGCGAAGGGUUCUGCCAUCGUAUCUCUGUGAAAGAACUUCCACCUAUCACACCUGCCUCUGUGAUCAAAGCAUUAGAGAGAGAUUUUCUUGACACAAAUCCAAGAGAAAGGACAAUAUCCCAAGAUGACAUUCAAUUUCUGCAUCUCUUGAAUGUGAAAAUUCAAUAUAACGAAGAGGGACAUCUGGAGAUGCCUCUACCAUUUAGAAAGCGUCCUCAGCUUCCAAAUAACAAGCAGCUGGCUACAGUCAGAUUGAAACAUUUAAAAGGAAAAAUGGAAAAGAGUCCAAAGUACAAGGAAGAUUAUAUCAAAUUCAUGGACAAGGUCUUUAGAGAUGGUGAUGCAGAAGAAACAAAUGCCACCACAAAGGAAGGCAACACAUGGUACAUUCCGCACCAUGGGGUGUAUCAUCCUAGGAAGCCUGAGAAGAUUAGGGUCGUAUUUGACUGCUCUGCCAAAUGUGAAGGCACCUCUCUGAAUGACCACCUCCUCACAGGACCUGAUCUAACAAAUACUCUGACUGGAGUGCUGUGUAGAUUUCGCCAGCAUCAGAUCGCGAUUAAUUGCGAUGUUGAGAAAAUGUUUCACCGCUUCCACGUAACCCCAGAAGAUCGGGAUUUCUUGAGGUUCCUGUGGUGGGAAAAUGGGAACACCGCAAGAGAGCCCAAAGAAUACCGGAUGCGAGUUCACAUAUUUGGAGCAGCAUCAUCGCCUGGAUGUGCUAACUAUGGCAUGAAAUACCUCGCCAGCAAAUAUGAGAAUGAUUACCCAUUGGCUGCAGUCUUCAUCCGGAAAAAUUUCUAUGUGGAUGAUGGGCUUAUCAGUGUCGAUUCAGUUCAAAGAGCCAACCAGCUUGUGAAUGAAGCACGGGAAGUCUUUAGUAAAGGACAGCUGCGCUUACACAAAUUUGUCUCUAACAACAGAAAGGUUUUGGAUGCAAUUCCAGAGAGUGAACGGGCAAGUGCAGUGAAGGAUGUGGACCUGAACUACAGCGAGCUUCCAAUGCAGAGUGUGCUGGGAGUGAAGUGGAGCAUAGAGACGGAUGCGUUCUCAUUCAAUGUCGUCCUCAAUGAAAAGGCAGCCACCCGGCGAGGAAUCCUAUCAACGGUAGCUAGUGUAUACGACCCAUUAGGAUUUCUCUCUCCCUACAUCUUGACUGGGAAAAGAGUGCUGCAAGAGAUGUGCAAACGAGGUGUAGGAUGGGAUGAACAUGUUCCCCUUGAACUGAAGCCAAAGUGGGAAAAAUGGCUCCAUGACCUGGAAAAUCUUGAGAAAAUUCAAAUACCAAGAUGCUUCAUUCCUGAUCACCUCAGCACAAUACGAAAAAUUGAGCUGCAUCAUUUUUCAGAUGCCAGCAACAAUGGCUAUGGGCAAUGUUCUUAUAUCAGGAUUCUUGCUGAUGAACAAGUACAUUGUGCAUUAGUCAUGGGUAAGGCCAGAGUGGCACCCACAAGGGUGGUCAGCAUUCCACGCCUUGAGCUCACUGCAGCUACAGUCUCUGCCGCUAUGAGUAGUGUCCUUAGAGAAGAGCUGGAGCUGAAGAUAGACCAGGAGUUUUUCUGGACUGAUUCACAGGUGGUGCUCGGGUACAUCAAGAAUGACGCCCGACGCUUUCAUGUUUUUGUAGCAAAUCGUGUCCAGAAAAUAAGAGACACUACUGAUCCUAGUCAGUGGUUCUACGUCGAAACAAGCCAGAAUCCAGCCGACCACGCAUCUAGGGGUCUCAAGGUGGCAGAACUAAUAGAAUCAAAUUGGCUCAGAGGACCAAAGUUCUUAUGGGAACAAGAAAUUGUUUUUAGCCAAAGAUCCCCAGAGCUUCUUGUAGGUGACCCAGAGGUCAAAGUCCUGAAAACAGAUGCUGUUGAAAGAGACAGCUUCCUCCAUAGGCUGUCAAGACUCUCAGAUUGGAAUACAACCCUCAACAUUAUUGCUCGGAUUCAGAGACUGGCACACAAAGACAGGUCUGGACCCAUUAGUGUAGAGGAACGAAGAGGAGCCGCUCUUGUGCUCAUCAGAGCAGCACAAAGAGAAGCCUUUGAAAAGGAGCUGAAAUUGUUUAGUCAGGAAUCCACAAAGCUACCAAAAACUCACAAGAUGUAUCAACUUGACCCUAUCUUUCAGAAUGGAUUGCUCAGGGUUGGUGGCAGGUUGAGAAUGUCCUCCGCAUCAGUUGAGUUGAAACAUCCAGUUAUCCUUCCUAAGGAAGGCAUUGUCACACAGCUUAUACUUGACCACUGUCACAAAAGGACUCAGCACCAAGGCCGAGGUCAAACCUUGAAUGAGCUCAGAGCCAGCGGAUAUUGGAUAAUAGGUGCAAGCAAGGUAGUGGCCAAGCACAUCAAGAGUUGUGUCACUUGCAGAAAGGUGCGUGGACGGACUGAAGAACAGCGAAUGGCAGACUUGCCUGUUGACCGAGUAGAUCCAUCUCCUCCAUUCUUGUACACCGGAAUUGACUGUUUCGGGCCAUUUAACACGAAACAAGGUCGAAAGGAAUUCAAGCGGUAUGGUCUGUUGUUCACAUGUCUAAGCUGCAGGGCCAUCCACUUAGAAAUGUUGGAGGAUCUCACAACAGACGCAUUUUUGAAUGCUUUGAGAUGCUUCAUAGCAAUUAGAGGAGCGGUAAGACAAAUCCGAUCUGACCAAGGUACUAAUUUCCUUGGAGCAAAGAAUGAGUUGGAGAGAGGUCUAAUGGAACUUGACAAGGAAAGGAUUUCAACUUACCUUGCAAGAAAGCAAUGUGACUUCCUGAUGAAUGUGCCUGAAGCAAGCCACAUGGGAGGCAUUUGGGAACGCCAAAUACGGACGGUUAGGAGCGUGAUGAGUUCUGUUCUGGCACAGGCUAAAGGGAGACUGGAUGACACCUCUUUGAGGACAUUCUUCUAUGAAGCCAUGUCAAUUGUUAACAGUCGUCCACUCACAACAAACACAAUCAAUGAUCCUAAAGGUGUUGAACCUUUGACACCUAACCAUUUGCUCACAAUGAAGUCCAUUGUGCCCCUCGCGCCUCCAGGCAAAUUUGUCUGGGAAGAUUUGUAUGCCAAGAAGAGGUGGCGUAGAGUGCAGUACCUCUCGGAACAAUUCUGGAGCAGGUGGCGCAAGGAAUACCUGGCCAGCAUAAGCCUCAGACAACAGUGGCAUGUGCCCAGAAGAAAUGUGCAAGUUGGGGAUGUCGUUAUUGUCAAGGAUGACAAUAUUCCCAGAAAUGAGUGGAAGCUAGCCAGAGUUGUUGAGGCAAGGGCAGAUGGUGAUGGUCUUGUGCGAAAGGUCAAAAUUCAAAUAGGACAAAGUAAUUUAGGAAAGAAAGGUGAGCGCAUAACGCAACUUUCUUCACUUGAGCGUCCAGUUCAAAAAUUAGUGGUGCUAGUGGAGCAGAAUUCAUAGACUAGUAUCCUAAAACAUUAAACAGGAAAUAUUAAACUUUCAGACUAAGCUGUUCAAAACCAAGUAUCAAAAAUUACUUGCUAAAUGUAUAGGAAAAUUACACGAUUUAUUCAGUUUAUUCAGAAUAUGGUUAACAUAAAUCUUUGUAAUUUUGGUGGCAGUGUAGCUGUCGCUGAAAGCAUGUAUGUGUCAUUUCUUUCUUUAAGCCUUUAAAGUAUUUAUUUGUUAUGUUAUUAUUACAAUAAUGCACUGUAAAUAUUAAUAGUAAUUUGCCUAUGUGAGUUUUGUUUUACAAGGGUUGCAGAAAUAGUGACACCUACAGGUUAAACUAGUGAGCUGCAUUUAAUUUAAGUUACUGUGGUCAUGUGAUUAGCCUAACUAAUAGCAGUGCAAAAAUGUGCAUGCAGUUUGUUGGUGCUACGCUGUACACGGAGUUAGAUGCUAAAGAAGAGAAUAAUUAAACAGUAAAGCGUUACAGCAACUCCUAGAUUUCUGGUCGGAAGGCGCACACGGACCCAGAAGCACAGAAAAGGAAGGAUCAGAGGGAGGAGCCAGGAGAAAGAGGUCCGACCUCCUCACCAGUGAGACACACUGAGAUUUUACACAC